UCCUCACUGAUCUGGAAUGCAGCCUUGCAGCAAAAAGGGCCAACCUUCACUAAAUAUAUAUUCGUUGGUCAAACCACAAGAGGGAAGGGAGACGCGUACAGAGUGCCUUGCUGGGAGAGAAGCAUUUUGUCUAGCUGUUUCCAUCACCAAAGCUUCACAGGUCUUUGGAAGCAAAAGCCUUCCCUUGUUCUUUGCUUCCAAACUGGUGAUAUUUGGAGGUAGACCUCCUUUCCAGCCUCCUUCCCCAUAAUUUCCUCUGUUUUAUGAAACCAUUUAAGUCAUCGGCCAUCAGUCCAAGGAAAGAAGGAAGGAAGGAAGGUGGAGAGAGGGAGAGAGAAAUAGAUGGCCAGAAAGAUAGAUAUGCAGAGGAAGAAAGGAAGAUGGAGAGAUGGAUGGAAAGGUAGCCAAAGACAGACAUGCAAAAGAAGGAAGGGUUAAAGGAAGGCAGAUAGAUGGACAGAGAUGGAUGGAAAGAUAGUUAUAGACAGACAUGCAAAAGAAGGAAGGAAGAUGGAGAGAUAGAUGGAAAGAUAGCAAUAGAAAGAUAUGCAAAAGAAGGAAGGAAUAAAGGAAGGCGGACGGACAGACGGAUGGAAAGAAAUAUAUAAAUAUGCAGAGGGAGGGAGGUGGAUAGACGGAUGGAAAGAUAGCUAUUGACAGACAUGCAAAAGAAGGAAGGAAUAAAGGAAGGCGGAGAGAUGGACAGAGAUGGAUGGAAAGAAAGAUAUAGAUAACUAUGCAGAAGAAAGGAAGGUGGAGAAACAGAUGGAAAAACAGAUAUAAAUAGAUAUGUAGGAGACGUUCUCUAGCACCUCAUACAACUACAGAUCCCAGGAUUGUGUAAGAUGGAGCUACAACAGACAAAGCGGUGCCAAACUGCUUUAUUUCUACAGUGGAGACGCAUCCCAAGUGGACGCAACUUGUACAGGUCUGACAAGCCCAACCCGAGGCGAGCAUCCUUGGCCAACAUCCCUCCUCCAGGACCAAGUGGGGGGAAAGACUUCCAUGUUCCAGUGUUUUUUGGUCAGGAAUGUGCAAAGCAUGCAUCUCUUGGGACAUUACAGGUUGAAGAAGGAACCGGAGAAGUCUUUUUCCCCGACGCUGAACAUCAUCCCGGGCAUAGAGCUGAAGGAAGAGUGGCAGGACGACGGAUUCCCACGGCCUCUGCCGGAAGAGAUCUCCGAAGAGGAUCUGGAAGGAUCCAGUGCAGAACUGAGCCCAGUUGCCAUCAACACGCUGGAGCUCUGCGGACGGCGGCACAUGAAGAAGCGCCUCCCGGCACCUGAUCUCAACGAGGGAUCCCUGAAGUCGGACGAGUUUCUGGAAUGUACGCCGGAGGGGAGCCUGGACAUCAACGUGGAUGAGUUGGAGACACCAUCCGAGAGCGAGCUGCAGGACGGCUCCGAGACCGGCCACGAAUUCGAAUGGGAAGAUGAUCUUCCCAGGGCCCAGCGAGUGGACGGUCACUUGGCAGAGAGAUUUUGCACUGGACGGGUGAUGGACGCCAAGGAUCCCGAUGGCCGGAUGUGGCGGAUCUUCCUGACGGAGGAGCAGGAACAGAAAGUCGAUCUGCGUGCCGUCGGAUUGUACAAGAGAGUGAUCUCCCACGGAGGAUAUUACGGCGAAGAUUUGAACGCCGUUAUCGUAUUCGCUUUGUGUUACUUACCAGAGAGUUCUGUCCCGGAUUAUCCGUACGUCAUGGAGAACCUUUUCAGGUACGUCAUCGGGAUGCUGGAGACAAUGGUGGCUGAAAACUACACAUUGGUGUGCUUCAGCGGGGCCACUCCACGCAGUCAAAUGCCUUCCUUCGCUUGGGUCAGACAGUGUUACCAAACCAUUGACCGGAGGCUCCGGAAGAACCUGAAAAGCCUGGUUAUUGUCCAUCCGACUUGGUACAUCAAAGCCUUGAUGGCCGUAUUCAGACCAUUCAUCAGCUCCAAGUUCAGCCGGAAAGUGCGGUUUGCAGAGAGCCUGGCAGAGUUGGCGCACGUCGUCCCUUUGGAUCAGGUCCACGUCCCGGAUCCUGUCCUCCGGUGA